GAGGAAGCGGCCUAAACAUCUCUGGAUCCAUCGACAGCUAUCGUCCACAAAGUGUCGAACGCUUCGCGGCCUUCACCCUCCGUCAGGCGCCAGCACGCAGCACGACAGAACCACCACGUCUCUUCAGUCGUCUCCUACUCACAUCACGCCCGUCGCCCGCUCGCCGCCACUCACCCUUCGGCGGUUCGGCCAAUCGACCCUUCUCGAUUUUCACUUCCAACCAUCCGACAUCCAGACAAAGACAAUCGACCACAACAGCAAUCCAUCAAAACCCAUUCUUCACUUUAAAGCUCUCUCUUUCGCCGAUCUUCUGUAUAGCCAGUGCCUUGUCCCACAUAAUUGUUUAAACUCCUCAUAGCCUGAAAUCUUUGGUGGCCUUCGGAAGCUUCUCCGAACUCGAAUCAAGGAGAUUUGACAAUUUAUACACCCGAAUCUUCUCACCAAAAUAUCGGAGUCCACUUUUUCUCCAAAUCAGAUUUUGGAGUGGCGGAUAAUAGAAAUUGUGGACAAUGUCUUAAUCUAAAUUAGGGUCAACGAAAAAUCAUCUCCACUCACGUGGCACACAACCGUCUGAUUGGUCAGAUUAGCUCAUUGUAAUUUUGUAAUCAACGAUCAAGAUGAGCUAUCAUGCACGACGAACCCUUCCACCCGGAGCAUCACGUAAUCGGAAAGAGAGGGAAACUGCGUCGUACUCCAUGUGGCCCUGUAGUCCAGUGAUGGCUGUUGGUCAAAAAGCUACGGUGUCGUCGAAACAAGCUGAACAAUUCUCCUCGAAUCGGCUCUUAGCUGGGUACAUGGCCUAUGAGUUCUUAACUAAAGGGACUGUGUUUGGUCAGAUCUUCGACCAGGCUCGAGCUGAGGCUGUACCUGCGAGUAGUACAGAUGAGGAGGGAAGGGGCAAGUCCGGUACCGAACUUGAGCCGGAGCAGGGGAACCAGACAUACAAUGAGGUGGCAAGCCUACUGAAGAGUGACGGCGCCCACAUCCCUGGCAUAGUCAAUCCGACCCAGCUGGCUCGAUGGCUUCAAAUGUAACAUCAUGGUGAAGAAACUAGGUGCAAGUGGGAGGUUUUCAUUGGCAGGUAGUUGCGGUUCAUUUUAAGAAACAUGGAACUCAGUAAAGAAGUCAGGUUUAGCUUGCAUAGUUUGUACUUUGUAUGACCAUGAAAUCCAGUAUUUUGUUCAUGGUACUACUUCAUUACAUUGAUACUAGUAUAAAUUAUAUAUGUAUAUUCUGUCUGUAUUUGGUAAUUUGUGCUAGUUUUAUUUUUUAUUAUCACAACUUAAUUUUAUAUUCUGUUCCAAUGUGUGUACCUUCUUAUAAAAUGUAUCAUCAAAUGAUCUAGGCACCUUUUGAUUAUGUU